AAGUCUAAAACCUAUUUUAUCUGAAAACCGGACGGUCGCACUACUAAGCGCGCAUUGUUUUUGCCGUUUGCGAAAUUGUUUUGUUAAUUUAAUUUGUUUAUUCAUUCGGGCUAUUUUAAAUCAACCUAUUACAAUAUAUACGCAUCAUGAAGGAGUGCCCGUAUGGCGAGAAAUGUUACAGGAAGAACCCAAUCCAUUUCGGCGAGUUUUCCCAUGAGCACUUGGAUGCUAUUUAUCGUAAGGGAAAUGUAUCGGGGGACUAUGAUAUACCUGCCAAGUACUCGAGUGACCUGAUUGAAACGCAAUUGAAGUUGCUCGAGAAACUCUUUCCGAAAGAAGGUGCCAAAGCAGAGAAGCAGGCGAAUGUUUCUGGUGCAAAUCCACCAGCUGCUGCUUCAACUAGCCGGGGAUCCUCCAGCUCUGGGACUUCAAGCAACAAUCCCACGGGUUCCUCAACUUCCCAGGCUGCCAGUUCCUCGUCUGCCCCCAAAGACACAUCCAAUUUGGCCAAAAAACAAAAGCUAAGUGAGCGAAACAUCAGAGAUUACAUUCCCGUGGUGGUGGAAAAGGGUGGAAUGGCCAAGAAACUGGAGCGGGCUGCUCCCUACAACAUGUUCCUGACAGCGAUUACGGACUCAAAGCCCACGCACUCGGAGCCGCUAAGUGUGACACUUCAGGAAAUCCUUGAUGAAAGUCUGGGCGAGAUCGAGAGCAGUGUUCAAAUCAACUUUAUGGUGGACAUUGGCUGGCUACUGGGACACUAUUAUUUUGCGGGGAUACUCGACAAACCCCUAUUGGUCCUCUAUGGCGAUGAAUCUCCCGAACUUCUCAGCAUCGGCAAAUUCAAACCGCAGGUCACGGCUAUCGGGGUAAAAAUGCCCACGCCCUUUGCCACCUCGCACACCAAAAUGAUGCUGCUUGCCUACAGUGAUGGAUCCAUGCGUGUGGUCAUCUCCACGGCGAAUCUGUACGAGGACGACUGGCACAAUCGCACCCAGGGUGUGUGGAUUAGUCCAAAGCUGCCGGCACUGCCAGAAGAUGCUGAUACCGGAGCAGGUGAAAGCGAAACGGGAUUCAAGCAGGACUUGAUGCUAUAUCUGGUGGAGUACAAGAUUACCCAGCUGCAGCCUUGGAUAGCGCGAAUCCGGAAGAGCGAUUUUAGCGCAAUCAACGUUUUCUUUUUGGGUUCCGUGCCUGGAGGCCAUCGCGAGAGUACCGUGCGCGGUCAUCCGUGGGGCCAUGCGCGCCUAGGAGCGCUGCUGGCUAAACAUGCGGCCCCGAUCAAUGAUCGCAUACCUGUGGUCUGCCAGAGUUCAAGCAUCGGCAGUCUGGGUGCGAAUGUUCAGGCCUGGAUUCAGCAGGACUUCAUCAAUAGUCUUAAGAAGGAUUCCACACCGUUGGGUAAAUUGCGCCAAAUGCCAGCCUUUAAGAUGAUUUAUCCCAGUUAUGGGAAUGUCUCGGGCAGUCAUGAUGGAAUGCUGGGCGGCGGAUGCCUGCCCUAUGGAAAGAAUACCAAUGACAAGCAGCCGUGGCUUAAGGAGCAUCUGCAGCAAUGGAAAUCCAGUGAUCGUCAUCGUUCUAGGGCUAUGCCACACAUUAAAAGCUAUACACGCUAUAAUCUAGAGGAUCAAUCCGUCUAUUGGUUCGUGUUGACCUCCGCUAAUCUCUCUAAAGCUGCUUGGGGCUGCUUCAACAAAAACUCCAAUAUUCAGCCCUGCCUCAGGAUCGCCAACUAUGAAGUUGGCGUCCUCUUUCUGCCCAGAUUUGUGACUGGCGAGGACACAUUUCCCUUGGGAAAUAAUCGCGAUGGUGUACCCGCUUUCCCACUACCCUAUGAUGUUCCAUUGACGCCAUAUGCUGCGGAUGAUAAGCCCUUCUUGAUGGAUUAUCUACAGGGCUAAAAUUUCUCAUUUUCGUUGGGUUUUGGUUUAAAAAAGGAUUUUACUUUUAAGGUUUCUUAAUCUUUUUGUUACCACUUUUAAUUUGCUUCGAAUGUGUGUUAUUUUCAAACUAUUUAUAUACUUCAAGAAAAAAUAAGGAGUUAAAACCUUAUUCAAUUAAGGCUAAAAUCUAAAAUUAAAAAUGGAAAAUAGAUUUUUUUUUAUAAUAAAAUUUAAUAAAAUACAAUA